AUGGUUGCUUCGCUGGGGUUGGACCAACGUGAUAUGUCUCCUCUCACAAUACGGCAAUUAACUGACUCACUGAGUGUCAUGAAGAAGAGUUCUUCGUCUUCUUUCCAGAACUUGGGCUCUUUCCCAAGUCCAGGGGCACCAUAUUAUAGAGAGAGAAGCGCAGCUGGGAUCCAAAAGGGUUGGAGUUCAGAGAGAGUUUCAAAGGCUUCAAGCAGCAGCAGCAGCAUCAGUAGAAGGCACACUACGGUAGGGUCGAUAACACCUUUCAAUGGUGGAAGAACAAUGCCUUCUAAAUGGGAUGAGGCUGAGAGGUGGAUUUGUAGUCCAGUUUCAGCCUAUGCUGAGAGCAGAAGUUCACAUGCACAACAACUUCAGCGCAGACCAAAGUCAAUAAGUGGUCCAAUUGUGCCUCCUGGAGUGGCUGCUUUCUACUCAAGUUACUCACCUGUGGUUCCACUGCGCCAAGGGUUGGUUGUGAGAAACUUGGUGGUAGGUUCCCCCUUCUCAACUGGGGUGUUGGCACCAGUUACUGUUUCUGUUCACCAUUAUGAUGCUCAUGGUUAUGACAUGGACAAUGGGAUGCAGUUUUCUAGUCCUGUUCUCAACGAGAAUGGUGUGGUGCUUUCUUCAUUGUCCACUGCACCCACCACGUGUUCUGAACUACCAUGUGACCAAUCAUCUCCUAUCUCUCAAGGUAAAUACAAUAUGGUGGCCUGA